GUCAUAUCCUGUCUCCGCUCUCUUUCCUUUCACCUCCACCAACGGCGACGUGAUGACGUCAUUCUGUAGCGGCUCACGGUGGAUUUAAAAAGGCUUCCAGAAUGAACUGGGAUAAUCAUUUGAGUCACAUGAUCUCAGCAGCUGAUGGCAGCGUUGCAAAAAUACGAGAGCACCUCGCUAUAUCCGGAAGGCUUUCCAGAGAAAGAGAAGAUGUGUAUCCAGUCAGAGAGCUUAGUCACGCCUCAGGUUUGGAGCGUCCUGUACAUCUUAGUGGUGCUGUGCAGUGGAGCGACCUGACAGCUGUACACACUCAGCUUCAUAAUCAGCGGCAGACGAUUGAGUCCUUGACGCAGAGCCUGCGGUCAGUGGAGAGAGAACGAGAUGCUCAACAAAGGGCAAUACAGAUGCUGCAAGAGGAGGUGAGGAGGCUUCGGGAGAGACUGGAGGACCGGGACAAGGAGAGAGAAUGCAAACAGGACUUUGAAAGAGAAAAAGCCCCUGCUGUAGAGACACGUCUGGAGCAAUGGAAAAGAGACGUGGGACGCGAGUUGAGUACCCUGAGAGGACACAUCGACAGGGCCACGUCUCUAGGCAACCGGGAGGAAAGUUUCAGCUCUAAACUAUGCAGAGAGGAAGUGGAACAACUCAGAAGAGAGGUGGAUCUGCUCAGAUGCAAGCUGAUGAGGUAUGAAGAAAACAUGUACCAACAGCAGUCUGAAACAAGAGAAACGAAGAGGCAGUACGAGCACAGCUGUAAGACCCUGGAAACAGUCACCGACUCUUACCGCACUCACGACUUUGAACUUUCCAGGAUCAUCUCGCAGUACAAGCACACACAGCAAGACGUGAGGGAUCUCAGACUUACAGUUUCUGGAUUGAAGGACGAAGUGAGAGGCCUAAUUCUGAGAGACGGAUUCGACACACCUGCAGAAUUGCCACGGAAGUCAAAUGCUUUGGAGGCAGCGGUUGCUGUGGAGAUGAGUCCCCGGAGUCGGUUGCUGUCAGAUUCGGAUGAUGAUUUGAGCCCCACCCCCAGUCUUGGAGAUGUUAGCUCCGAUGACCAAGACGUAUCCUGGCUGGGGGAAUCAGCCCCGCAACUGAAAAGCCAGCAACGGGUUUCACAUUCGAGCCUGACAGGAAGUGACCUCAGCGACCCUGCGAGUGAAUUUGGAAGCACCCGUGUUGACCUAGACAGCCGAAGGGGAGGAGCUUCAGACAGUUCUCCAGAUCUCAGUCUCUGUGACCUUUGACAACAGAAAACAAUGAUUGCUGGUGCAAGUAUGAUCUGCUGUUUGGACAGGCAAAGCUAAUAAUACUGUAAUACCUUGUUUUGAAGAAAUGCACAGAAUAUUGCAUACAUUUAUUGCACACAAUUAUACGUUUUUUCUGGAUUGUA